AUGGAAAGAUGUCGCAAGGUUCACAUGAUUCCUCCUGACCCCAGCGUUUUGGCAAGGGGUCUAAUGGGACCCACAGACAGGCACAUAUCAAGUUCUACAGAUGCUAGUUUUCGCACGGCUAUGUUGCGGACGACACUGAGGCUGGAUGCACGACCGACGGUGGAUCAGGUGUUGUCCUACCAAAAACACCUACAGGCGGAAGUCGAAGUUCUGAUCGCUGCGCAGGUGAAUGGAGCUGCGCCACUGCAGCCAAAGCUGAGGGCCGUGGAUACCGGCCUGUCACCCAAGGCCCGAGAUACUGCUGGGAAGGGACAGUUGCCUGAUCUCUGUCGAUAUUUCGCCAAAGCAUCUGGCUGUAAGCGUGGGGAAAAAUGCUCCUAUUCACACAGCAUGGCUGGAAUGGACAAGGAUGUGCGAGCACGCAAGUGCUUAAAAUGUGGUUCUGAGAGCCACCGCCAGAAAGAAUGUCCAGUGGGACGCCCUGGUGCCAAGAGCAAUCCAGCAGGACCACCAAAGGACGGCGGAGCUACAAAGCAAGGAUCUACCACAUCGCCACCCGCUACGUUGAGCACAAUGUCUACGCUGGAUUCGACGAGAACCUCAACUCUCCAGAAUGACAAUGCCGUGCAAGGAACCCCGUGGAUGCUGGAGACAUUGACCCAGAUAUUCGAGUCUGCGCAGCAAGUUCUUCUACCACAGCCUUGGUGGAUAGCGGGGCUACGCAUAGCCUCCGAGCCGCAGGUACACUUGAUGCCCUACCAAGGUCCACUUGCCCGUGACCAUCAAAGGGAUGAGAUGAAGGCCCAGACCAUUGAUGGUGAGCGAGUCCAACUUCAAGUUGACGGCGGGUGUCCACAGCUGCGGGAGCUGGUUAUGAAUAGCAAGCGAUGGAUAGUGCACUUGUACGCAGGGACAACAGGUCACUGGGAGAUUAUGAAGCUGGAUCAAGGAGAGACAUCGGUGAUCGAGCUGGAUGUGAACCGGUGCGCGGGCCAUGAUGUGAUGCGAGAUGAGACUUGGAGGAUGCUCCUUUGGGGGGCAAAGCAUGGGAAGAUUGAUGUGAUCUUAGGUGGACCACCUGGAAGGACAAAGCAAAAGUGUACAGGGGGACAAAGAGAUGUUAAGUCGUUGACUUUGGUUACAAGGAUGAUGUUCCUCUAUAUGAUGGCCGAGGUGGGUCGCGAGAUCAAUGGAUGUGGUGCUAAUAAAGACCGGGAUGUUGGCUUCAUGCUAGAGUACCCAGAAGGAACUCAACAAGCUGAGCGAGACCGGAGAGCAAUGGAAAUCCGCCAGUUCGAAGAG